AUGCAUGUGGUAUACUUGGCAAUUGUUGGCGAUAUGCUCACGUCGCUGCUGUUCGACUUGACGGAUAGCGAGGACCACUUCCCUGGACGAUCCCGCGAAACUCGACUUGAAGAAAUCUGGAAUAUUUAUGACGACUGGUGUGGGCGCAGCAGCAUUCCGGACAAAAUCUCUCGACGCCUUUUCAGCACUACUUUUCUGAAAGCUGGGAAAUACCUGGAUAUCCCCCAGAAGGUCAUGUCGGCUGCAAGCGCAAGAUAUGCGAUCUUUUUUAUGGCUACCUUGAUGAGGCUGGUGUUGUCCUCGGGUGCUGCUGAAACCCCUGAGCUUCUUUGGAUGGCUGGCGUUUGCUGGGCAAUGGAAACGAUGGAAAGAUUGAUGAUCAAUGCAGGGCCUCGGGAUUUUUUCAGCAAGUGGUUUAUAUCAGAAUGCGAACAGACUGAUUCUAUCUGCUGCUCGUGUGUAUAG